ACGGACCAAUUGUCCAGAUUGCACCAGAUUGUCCCCCGUCGGCUGCGGGAGGCGCCACGGUCGCUGGUCGCUCCUUUUCGCUUCUCUUUCUUCGAGAACGUCGUUCCUGCUGAGGAAAAUCCGUCAAGAUGGGUCGUAUGCACUCGCAUGGAAAGGGUAUAUCCCAGUCAGCGCUUCCUUAUCGGCGAAGUGUGCCAACUUGGUUGAAGCUGACACCGGAAGAUUGUAAGGAGCUUAUCUACAAGCUAGCAAAGAAAGGACACACACCAUCUCAAAUUGGUGUCAUACUUCGUGACUCGCACGGAGUGGCGCAAGUGCGAUUCCGCACGGGAAAUAAGAUUCUGCGCAUCGUAAAGAGCAUGGGCUUGGCCCCUGAUCUACCAGAGGAUCUAUACUAUCUGAUCAAAAAAGCUGUUGCCGUGCGGAAGCACUUGGAGCGAAAUCGCAAAGAUAAGGACAGCAAAUUCCGUUUGAUUCUCGUCGAGUCGAGAAUUCACAGGCUGGCGCGUUAUUACAAAGCAAAGGGAUCUCUGCCGCCGAAUUGGAAAUACGAGAGUUCAACGGCUAGCGCUCUCGUAGCCUAAUUUUGUUUAUUGUAUUUACAUAUGCUUUAAUAAAUUCCACAAAUAUCAA